AUGUCGUACCCGGAUGUACCGAUCUUUGGCUACAGUGGUGACUCGAGGUCCGCCUGUGCGGGGACGGUCAUUGGUUAUGUCUGUUUGGCUGUAACGAGCUCAAAACUUGACAUCUCUUCCUGCACUGACAAUGCAUCAUUCAAUAACUACUAUAUAAUUAUUGACCUGGGACAAAAUUCCAGCAUUACUCAUAUCGGCCUAUUUGCGAAAUAUCCCGUGGAGAACACUACGGUGCAUUUCAGUACCACCUGUACCGACAGAGAUGACUGCUGGUCCAAAUGCAUCGUAGCUUCCCAUAGAAGAAGAACUCAGUGGAUAAAUACCUGCGCUGCUGGCCACAGUAACAAGGCACACUUCAUCCGACUAGUAUUUCCAAAUUUUCAAAGCAUAAGUAUCUGCGAAAUCAUCGUACUUGGUGCGAGUGCCGCACCCACAACCACCACCCCCACAACGACAACCACAACAACUACAACGCCAACCACGACUUCAACAACUACAACGCCCACCACGACAUCAACAACUACAACGCCCACCACGACUUCAACAACUACAACACCAACCACGACUUCAACAACUACAACGCCCACCACGACUUCAACAACUACAACAACGCCCACCACGACUUCAACAACUACAACGCCAUCCACGACUUCAACAACUACAACGCCCACCACGACCUCAACAUCUACAGCGCCCACCACAACAACGUACACAUCAACUACCACAGCAUCAGCAACAACAGCGACCAUCACAGCCGCAUUAACAACCACAACUUCAGUGCCCGUCACAACCAUAGCAACGGGUUCUCCUCUCAUCUCAACCACAACUUCAGUGCCCGCAACAACUACAACAGCGGCAGCUUCUACGUCCAUCAUCACCACCACCCCAGCUACAAUCACAGCGGUGACCACAUCCACAUCCACAAAUUCGGCGCACACCACAACCACCACAAUGGCCCCAAUAUCAGUGUCUAACUCAACAUCGCCGCCGUCAUCUUCCACGUUAUUUUCAUCUUCGUCGACAUCACCUGCUGUAAUUACAUCCGAUGCUGUCACAACAGUCCACCCAGACGGGCAGGCUCUUGCUUGGGAUAGCUAUGGAAGACCGAUACGAAAAAAGUGCACCUGUCGCUGUAAACCCCCUGCAGUUCCAAAGGUUGAAAAAGAGGCUGUUGAAAGAGGCGAUGAACUGAAAGAUGAAUUAAUAGUUGAAACAGGCCUCUUGUCAACAGAAAUUGCUAAGAAGAUCAGCAAACAGGACGACAGAAAAUCGUCAAAUGUUAUUGGGAUGUCAGGAAUAGCGAUGUUGAUACUUCCCAUUCUCUUCAUCGUCAUCCCAGACCUGCUGACCUUCUUGAAAUGGUUGUGUAGGUGUUGA